AAAUUUGAAAAUUUUCUCUCUCUCUCUCUCUCUCCUUUUUUUUUUUCUUUUUCUUUUCCUGAGUACAAAUGAGAAAUAGAGAGAAAUUAUAGCAGCUUGUUGAAGCAGUUGAACUGCAAAUUCCACACACACAAAUUCACCAUUAACCAAAUCCAAAAUUCUUCUCUCAAAUUAAUUUCAAAUUCCUCAAAAUCAAAGUUAUCAAUUCCAUCCAAAAAAUUCAUGGCGGUUGAAGACGAUUUCAGUUUCCCCACCGCCUUAGAGCCUUUCAACCGCUGCGGUGUCGAUUCGCCGCCGCUCUGGCGUCUCUCUCCGUCCGCAUCUCCGAUUUCCUACCGUCAACAAAUAUCCUGCGAUCGGAAUUUCAGAGAUACGGCGUCGGACGGUGAGAUUAGCAAUCGGUUCCCGUCGGCUUCGUUUCAGAGGAGGAGGAGGUUCUUGAGCGAUGCGGCAGUGAACGGCGAGGAGGAGGAGGAGGAGGAGGAGGCGGUGGCGGAGAAGAUGGAUGUGCUUUGGGAGAAUUUCAAUGAGGAGUUGUCGAGGAGUCGGAGAUCUAGGUUGAUGAAAACGGCGGAAUUGGAGGAGAAUGAGAUUGUAAAGGCGCGACAGCGGAUGGCGGAAUUAAACCUACCGGAGACUUCCGGUGCGAUGGCGACGGGGAGGAAGGCGACGGGAAAGACGGCGUUUGUUAAGGUUUUGAAGAAGCUUUUCUUGAUGCACAGUAGUUCCCGCCGGAAUCUGCAAACUCGAUCACGUUGAUAAAUACAGAGGAUUUUUUUUUUUUUUUUGGGAAAAGAAAAUGAGAAAAUGUAUAAAUUAAUAAGAGAUUACAAUUGAUUGCAGCCUUUUAUUUCAA